CACUUAGCUGCAGCAGCGCUUUUGCUUCUCGGCUCGCUUUACCAGCAGCAGCUCCGAGCUCCAGAAACAACCCGCAGUGGACUCAGACGUCCGAUUUUAAAUAACUUAGCUUUAACUAAUCGAUUGCUAAACCUUAGCAGUUAGCGCCAGUCAAGCAGACUUUUAAUAACAGUAAGUGAUAAAUCAGUUAGCUUUGCGAGCUAACCAUCUUUUCUUUUUCUGCCUGGCGUCACUUCCUACUUUUGAAAAUCGCGGCCAGAAAAUAACGAGACGGAGAUGGAGUUACAAGUGGGAACUGAACCGAUGACCCUGGGAUCUCCCACCUCUCCAAAGCCGACCUCAGGAGCGCAGUUUCUUCCCGGCUUCCUGAUGGGUGACCUGCCAGCUCCAACUACCCCCCAGCCGCGGCCCUUCAGCCUGGCCUCGCCCCUUGUGGAGAGCACAGGUAUGCACCGAGGAGGAGGUGGAGGAGGAGGCUCCGCCCUGCAGCCAGUUUGCCCCACCCCCAAGGAUAAGAGUGGCGCCCCACCUGUACGCAGCAUACAUGAUGACCUGGUUAAUGUUGCGACGCCCCUCAACACACACAGGCAGUCUUUUCCAGCUAUGCAGUCUCCUCUGUCUGCACGUGGGGCCUCAACUCCAGGAACAGGUGUGCAGCAGGUGUGCAUGUCUCCAGCUCAGGUGGAUCCCUUCUACAGUCAGGGAGAGGCUCUGUCGUCUGACGAUCAGCUGGACCAAACCUGGGUCACCGUGUUUGGUUUUCCUCCAGCCUCAGCCUCCUACAUCCUGCUGCAGUUCGCUCAGUAUGGAAACAUCCUCAGACACACGAUGGCGUCUCCUGGUAACUGGAUGCACCUUCAGUAUCAGUCGAGACUUCAGGCCAGGAAAGCUCUGUCCAAAGAUGGAAAAGUGUUUGGCGACGCCAUCAUGGUGGGAGUCAAACCCUGCAUAGACAAGAGUGUGAUGGACAGCAGUGUAGCCGUCUCUUCUCCGCUCUCCACCUCCUUCUCCUCCUCUUCCGUCCUCCCCUCCACUCCUCGCUCCGCCAUCAGACCACUCAGUGCCUCUUUCAGGAGCUCCGGCAGCGACUACCAGGUGGUGGCAGACAGACAGACACCCAGGAAGGACGACAGUUUUGUUUCCAAGGCUAUGGAGUACAUGUUUGGCUGGUGACAUUGCACAGUGCAUCAUGGGAUACCUGCAGCCUCGGAGGAGAGUGGGGAAUCAAUGGACAGAUGGAAGAACUGAUUCACUACAGUGUGUGUGUGUGUGUGUGUGUGUGCUGAGGUAGAGGCUCUUUCUGUCUUUUCUCUCUCUCUCUCCUUUUAUAAUCAGUAUUUUUUUUUUUUUUUUAUGUUUUUGUCUCAAUAAAGUUUUUCUCUGCUUUGAA